AUGGCGGCGCAGGGUCCCGGAUGCCGCCUCCCGCUGCCGCUGCUGGCCCUGGCCGUGCUCGUCCUUUCUCCGCCCGCCGCCGCGCAGCCACCCCCCGACGCUUUCCGCGCCGGCCACGCCGUGUCCUCGCUGCCCGCCGCCGCUGCCGCGCCGCGCACCAGAUACCUUUUGUAUGAUGUGAAUCCUCCUGAAGGGUUCAACCUCCGCAGAGAUGUAUACAUUCGCAUUGCUUCCCUUUUAAAGACCUUGCUGAAAAGUGAAAACUGGGUGCUAGUUCUGCCUCCCUGGGGACGUCUUUAUCAUUGGCAGAGCCCCGACAUCCUUCAGGUCCGGCUCCCUUGGUCUGAGUUCUUUGAUCUCCCAAGCCUCAACAGGAACAUUCCUGUCAUUGAAUAUGAGCAAUUUCUUGCAGAGUCAGGUGGGCCCUUUAUUGAACAGAUUUACGUCCUACAAGGCUAUGCAGAAGGAUGGAAAGAAGGAACAUGGGAAGAAAAAAUAGAUGAAAGGCCAUGCAUUGAUCAGCUUAUGUACUCCAAAGACAAACAUGAGUACUACAGGGGAUGGUUCUGGGGUUACGAGGAGACACGGGGCCUAAAUGUCUCUUGUUUGUCUGUCCAAGGAUCUGCCUCUAUCGUGGCUCCCAUCCUUUUGAAGAACACUUCAGCACAGUCAGUGAUGUUAGACAGAGCUGAAAACCUUCUUCAUGACCACUACGGAGGGAGAGAUUACUGGAAUACCCGUCGGAGCAUGGUGUUUGCUAAACACCUCCGUGUAGCAGGAGAUGAGUUUAGGAGCAAAUACCUUCAGUCCACCGAUGAGGCAGACAGGACUCACUACAAUGAGGACUGGACACAGAUGAAGAUCAAGGUGGGCACGUGCAAGGACUGCAUUCAGUCUGGUCCCGGCUGUGCCUGGUGCAAGAAGCUGAGCUUCACCAAGGCCGGCGAGCCAGACUCCAUCCGCUGUGACACUGUGGAGCAGCUGCUGCAGCGGGGAUGCCCGCGCAGCGACAUCGAGUUCCCAGAGAACGACAUUGCAACCACACAGAACAGCUCCUUGAGCAGUGAUGUACAGCUCGCUCCCCAAGAGGUGCACCUGAAACUAAGGAUAGGACAGCCCGCUGUAUUUGAGGUGAAAUUCCGCCGUGCCAUGGGGUACCCCAUUGAUCUCUACUACCUCAUGGACCUUUCCUACUCCAUGUUGGAUGACCUGGAGAAGGUGAAGAAGCUGGGAGGGGAGCUCCUUAGGGCACUGGAGAGCACCACCCCUUCUCGCCACAUAGGGUUUGGCUCCUUUGUGGACAAGACUGUGCUGCCCUUUGUGAACACACACCCUGAGAAGCUAAAGAACCCCUGCCCCUCCAAGGACAAGCAGUGCCAACCUCCCUUCGCCUUCAAGCACAUCCUCUCGCUGACUGAUGAUGCAGAGAAGUUCGAGAGUGAAGUAGGGAAGCAGUACAUCUCAGGAAACCUGGAUGCACCCGAGGGGGGUCUGGAUGCCAUGAUGCAGGCAGCAGUGUGUGGGGACUUGAUCGGCUGGCGCAACGUGACCCGCUUGCUGGUGUAUGCCACUGAUGAUGGCUUCCACUUUGCUGGUGAUGGCAAGCUUGCGGCCAUCCUGACACCCAACGAUGGCCAGUGCCAUUUGGAGGACAACAUGUACAAGAAAAGCAAUGAGUUUGACUACCCUUCUGUUGGGCAGCUGGUCCAGAAACUUGCUGAAAACAACAUUCAGCCCAUUUUUGCUGUCACCAGUAAGGUGGUGGAUGUUUACAAGAAACUCAGUGAGAUGAUCCCGAAGUCGGCAGUGGGAGAGCUCAAUGAGGACUCCAGCAACAUCAUUGAGCUCAUUCAGGUGGCCUACAAUAACCUCUCCUCACUGAUCAUCCUGGACCACUCCACCCUUCCAGAUGCCCUUGAUGUCAAAUAUGACUCCUUAUGCACUAAAAACACAGUCACAGACAAGGCAAGAGGGCAGUGCGACAACAUCAAGAUCAACGAAGAGGUCACCUUCAGAGUGAAGGUUACAGCCAAAGAGUGCAUCAAAAGCCAGUCCUUCACCAUCCGCCCCCUGGGCUUCACAGACACCCUCACGGUCCACGUGGAGAGCAAGUGCAACUGCAACUGCAAGGAGCAGCCGGACCCAGGCGCCUGCAGUGGGCAGGGCAGCAUUGUCUGUGGGAUCUGCAGCUGCAACCCAGGCUACAUAGGGAAGAACUGUGAGUGUGACACGAAAGGCAAGAGCAGCAAGGAGCUGGAGGGCAGCUGCCGGCAGGACAACAGCUCAGUCAUCUGCUCGGGGCUGGGGGACUGCGUGUGCGGGCAGUGCCUCUGCCACACCAGCGACGUGCCCGACAAGCAGAUCUACGGCACCUUCUGCGAGUGCGACAACGUCAACUGCGAGUUCCACAAUGGCCUUCCCUGCGGUGGCAAAGAGCGGGGUAACUGUGACUGUGGGGAGUGCAAGUGUAAUCCUGAGUACCAGGGCAGCGCCUGCCAGUGCAAGAAGUCAACAGAAGGCUGCUUGAACCAGCGUGGCAACGAGUGCAGCCACCGCGGGACCUGCCACUGCAACCGCUGCCAGUGCUGGGGAGGAUACCAGCCCCCCUUCUGCCAGGAGUGCCCCAGCUGCCCCUCGCCCUGUGCCAGAUACGUCUCCUGCGUGGAAUGCAGGGCCUCCGAGAGCGGCCCCUUCGAGAAGAACUGCUCCCAGGCCUGCCCCAACAUCCGCGUGGUGCAGAAUAUGACAGGGGAGAGCAGGCAGUGCAGGGAGAAGGACUCCCAAAACUGCUGGAUCUCCUUCCGCAUGGUCCAGGAGGAUGGCAAGGAGAUAUACACCGUCACCGUGGAUCCUGAGAAAGAGUGCCCAAAGCCUCCCAACAUCGCACUGAUUGUGGGCAGCACCAUUGCCGGCGUGGCCCUCAUUGGCCUGGUGCUCCUGCUGACCUGGCGGCUCCUGAUGGAACUGUUUGACCGCCGGGAAUACCGCCGGUUUGAAAAGGAGAAGGCCAAGGCCAAGUGGAACGAUGCUGAUAAUCCCCUCUUCAAGAGUGCCACAACCACGGUUGUGAACCCCAGGUUCAACGACCAGUGAAGCUGAGCAACACCCGGCAGCACUGGGACCCGCUGUGAAAUAAGGAAAUGCCAAGCUAAGGAAAUCUCAGACCUCCUCUUCUUCAUCCUGUCACUUUGUUCCCUUCUUCCAAGAGGCCACCAGCACACCAGGCACUGGCUGAGGAGCUGCACCAUGCCUGUGUCCUGGUGCAGCUGGAUUAGUGGAGCUGGGAGAAGGGAACAGACACAGCUUUGCCGUGGAUGGGACUGCAGAGCAGGUCCCACCAGCGGGCACACGCAAUGGCUCCUGUACCUGGUUACUGCCUCUCUCAGCUCUUGAUGACCUUUACCUUCUGGCAGGACUUUCAGACUCCAAAAACAGCCGAGUGCACAGAGUGCUUCCAACAUUGACUUGGAGCUGGAAUUGCAAACCUGCCCUUUCCCUUCAACUCUAGCAGGAUCUGUUCCCAUGCUGCUCCAUGCCUUCACCUGCUGUGCUGGUCCCCACCACUGUGUUUGCACUGGUGCCUAAAGCACUCACAGCUGAGCUGGACAUGGAGGGUCCUCCAUGCUGGUGGUCUGCUCUGGAGCUUUCAGUGAGGUGAUGGGCCCUAAGGGCUAGCGAGUACCUGUACCCAGACACAAAGAGCAGCUGGGCAACAUGCACUGAAUCUUGUGUUGCUCCCCUCUCAGACCUACCUCGGGCAUGGUUCUGCUUGGGCUCCUGCAGGCUUGUCUUGCCUCUGCCAGGCCUUGAGCCCUCUGCAUCACAAAGACACAAAGGAGCAACUGAACUAUGAAACAUGGGCACUGAGCACAUGAAACUGUCUGAGUUUGGCCACACGGUGAGAUCUUUUCCUUGCUCUAUGAGUGCAUCAGACACACUGAGGGCCAGUCGUGUGCAAGAGCCAGAGACCUGCAGCUCAGCACUUGCACAGCAGCUAACUGCUCUUACACUGGGGGGUCAUUCCUGUGAAAUAGCGGUACAAUUCCAUAUUUUCUUUGAGUUUGGGAAUAAUUUGCAUACAGCUGUGUUGUGUCCCAUCUUCAUUUGCUCUCUGAAGAGGUUUAACAUUAAUAAAAACUAAUAUAUAAAGUAAA